UCGCCCCGCCCCCUGUAGUAGCUAGUUCACGUCCUCCAGCCAUAUAAAGGGGUGAUGCAACGAGCCGGCGACAACUGUAACUUUACCAGCUGAGCGCGAGAACACUCCAGUCAGAGGAGAGCAUCACAACACACGCGUUUGUUCAGUCAAAACAAGAUUUCGGAAUGAUGCUUCAGCAUCCUGGUUUGGGUCCCUUGGAGAUCAGUGCAUCUGCUUUGGUACCCUGCCUCUCCCCGCCCGGCUCACUCACGCUGGACGACUUCACCAACUUCACUCCACUAGUGAAAGAGGAGCUGCGCUACGCCAUCCAGAACAAACGCCUGUCCAACGGCAUGAGCACCCUGACCAAUGACCGAGCGUGUAUGAACACAGAAAGCCCCACUGAACUACCUGUGAUGAAGCGUGAGGUCAUUCCAGAGGAGAGUGAAAGGAGAAAAAGAAGAAGGGAAAGAAACAAAAUUGCAGCAGCAAAAUGCCGAAACAAGAAAAAAGAGAAAACAGACAAUUUACAAAAGGAGUCAGAGAAGUUGGAGUCCAUCAAUGCCGAGUUGAAAGCCCAGAUUGAGGAGCUGAAGAACCAAAAGCAGCAGCUAGUUUACAUGCUCAACCUGCAUAGGCCCACCUGUAUCGUCCGAGCUCAGAACGGCCAGACCCCUGAAGACGAGAGGAAGCUCUUCAUCCAGCAAAUCAAAGAGACCACCCUGCAAGGUCUGAAUCUUACCAUCAGUGGACCAAUGCACACCUCAAUACCAACUAGCUGUGGGCAUCUCUAAAUCACAAACUGUACUGGCAAGAAGCUAAUGGUUCGGCAGUCCUUGCCAAGGAACGCUGGAAGGUUCACCCACGUUAUAAAGGACUAAACACGGGUGCCUGCCAUGAUGCCAGUCAAGGUCGGUCUGAUGUACACUGAAAGAGACUGUUAAAGCACUAAAGUGUUGAAGGACGUUUAAUGCGUUUUUCUUAUUUAAAUGUGUUCGUAAUUGUAUGUAUGUUUAACAUGAUAUGCUUUUUGUAUGCACCAAAGCCUGAUGUCAUGUUGAUGCUAGAACAACAUGAUUUCUUUUAUUUAUCAGCUUGUUGGUUAAAUGAAACCCUGGCGGUGUGUUUGACAGCAAGUACUAUUCUAGUGAGAGGAAACAAAUGUAGUAAUUUGCGUGUAUCUUUUUCACUUAGUGGCAAGACGUACAGGGUGAUGAAAUCGUUUAGUUGAGUUACAUAUUUAUCUCUGGCCUCUGCCUUGUUAAGUGUCCACAUAACAUGCCACAUGAAGUAUUUCAAGCUGCUACUAAUUUCUCAGGACAUGGUCUAUAUAUAUAUUACAGGAAACUCGCAUUAAAUAAACAGAUAAAAUAACAGGGAAGUCGACACGGAGUGGACUUUGAGACGACAAGGUGUCCCGCACGCUACUUACAAGGAAGUUUCUACUCUUCAACGAAAGCCUGUCUGCUAUCACCUCAACCCUAUGACUAUGUUGUUGUUACAAUGCUGUGAUCAGGAAGGUCUAUGUUUGCCAGCCUACUGUUUAAAAAAAGAAGAAAAAAAGAGUGUUUUUGUGCUGUUAGCAAGGACAUACUUAUUUUUUGAUGUUGCAUUUUUCAUAUACUCUAGCUGUGUGUUGUGAUUGUCUAGAUACACAAACCUCUACACUCCCAGCUCACAAGAAAUGUUCUCAGAACUUUGGCUAAUGUUCUAGAAAUGUUAAGAGCAAAUGUCCAGUAAGGAAAUGGAAAUUUAUUUGAUGUUCGCACCAUCUUGUAAUGUCUUUUUUUUUUUCCCCCGAAACAUUUUAGUUUAGCCGUUUUUUUACUGUUUACUAGUUUCAUAACAUUCAGAGAACAUUCAAACGUAAUGUUUGCAAAUGGUUUAAAUAGAGCAUGAUUUGUCUUAAUGUUUUCUCUAACAUUUGCAUAUUUGUUUUUAGUUUAUUCAGAAAUAACAGAGAGAAUUUUAGCCAGAUGUUCUUAGAACAUAUUUUUGUUUGCUGGGCUAGUCCUAAAGAAAAAAAAAACUUGAAGUAAAGCUGUUAUUAAUUGUCUGACUAUGUUCUUAGAUCACGCGUCAGGCAGUUUUAGUGUCACACCAUGUUGUAAGUGAAGAAACAUACCACAAGACAUCUGAUCAGGCCCUGUGACUGCAUUUCUUAAUAUUACAGAAAGGUGUACUAAAGUAUAAAAAUCACUCAUUUCUGCUAAACCGAGGAAAACCCCUAAUCUUUUAACAAACUUCUCCCUCAUGUUUUUGAGCAUAGUUUAAAUUUAUGUUCUGUCAUGUACUGAAAGGUUAAGUGAUGCAGGCGUCAGAUAGCUUUUUCCUUUUUGCUUUGUAUUUGUUCAAACAGGCAUGCCACAAAAUGUGGUACUACUGACAUUAAAUGUGUAAUGAAAACAAAGCUAUGCCUUCUAUUUGUGGUUAAACCAGAAUUCAUCAAUCACGUCAUUGGUGUCCAUGUCAAAGUGUUCAGGUGCAAUUGCUACCAAAAGUUAUGAUUGAGAAGAUAAUUUAUAUGACAUAUGUAUGGCUUCAUUUUGACUGUCUGUUGUUUGUUUUUGAUACUUUAUUAAUAAAAAGCUAUACCAAUUGCAA